UACAGACUGGUCGGUCUCUCCUUUUAAAUCCAUUUUAUACUUUCCCUCUAUCUUUCUUUUAAGCAAAGGUUUUUGUUUUUAUAUGUAUUUGCCAGCUGCUGGUUUCUGAUGGGUUCCUGAAGCCAAAGGCUAGGUGGGUGUAUCCACCUCAUUUAGGAAAAAGUAGGGUGUUGGGAUUUUUUUAUUGUUUUAACUGUUUACCCCUGAUGGAGGACGAAGGCCCUCCUAGGAAACUACCUCUUUGACCAUGACAUGAACUGAGUGAAAAGGGGGGGAAAGCCAAGCCCUAAGAGCCAAACAAUCCCAGACGCCUCCCAAGCUACCAUGGCAUCGGAAGAGGCCUCACUGCGAGCUUUGGAGACCCUAAUGACAGAGUUUUUCCACAAUUGCACUACUAAUGAAAGGAAGCGUGAGAUCGAGGAGCUCCUGAAUAAUUUUGCCCAGCAGAUCGGCGCCUGGAGGUUUUGCCUCUAUUUCCUGUCAAGCACAAGGAAUGACUAUGUAAUGAUGUACAGUUUGACAGUGUUUGAGAACCUGAUUAACAAGAUGUGGCUUGGGGUACCAUCUCAAGAUAAAAUGGAGAUUCGCAGCUGCCUGCCCAAGCUUCUUUUGGCUCAUCACAAAACUCUGCCUUACUUCAUCCGGAACAAACUUUGCAAAGUCAUUGUGGAUAUUGGCCGGCAAGAUUGGCCCAUGUUCUACCAUGACUUCUUUACAAAUAUUUUACAGUUGAUCCAGUCCCCUGUGACAACUCCACUUGGUCUGAUCAUGCUGAAGACCACUUCGGAAGAGCUGGCCUGCCCGCGGGAGGACCUCAGCAUAGCACGGAAGGAAGAGUUGCGGAAAUUGCUCCUGGAUCAGGUUCAGACGGUCCUUGGGCUUCUCACAGGUAUCUUGGAAAGCAUCUGGGAUAAAUACAGUGUUACUGCUGCCACUCCACCACCAUCUCCAACAUCGGGAGAAAGUGGUGACCUCUUAAGUAGCUUGUUGCAGAGUCCCAGCACGGCCAAAUUACUGAACCAGCCAAUCCCUGUCCUUGACUCAGAGAGCGAGUAUAUUUGUUCCCUGGCACUGGAGUGCCUAGCCCACCUCUUCAGCUGGGUCCCCUUAUCCACGAGCAUCACCCCUUCCCUCCUCACUACCAUAUUCCAUUUUGCCCGCUUCGGCUGUGACACCCGAGCCAGGAAGAUGUCCUCCAUCAACGGCAGCAGCCAGAACUCUGUCUUGAGCCAAGAACGGGGCCGGCUUGGGGUGCUUGCCAUGUCUUGCAUCAAUGAACUGAUGUCAAAGAACUGCGUGCCUGUGGAAUUUGAGGAAUACUUGCUGCGGAUGUUCCAGCAAACUUUCUACCUCCUACAGAAGAUUACCAAGGAGAACAAUGCCCAUACAGUGAAAAGCCGGCUAGAGGAACUGGAUGAGAGUUACAUAGAGAAGUUUACUGACUUCCUGCGGCUCUUUGUGAGUGUCCACUUGAGGAGGAUUGAGUCCUACUCCCAGUUCCCCGUGGUUGAAUUCCUUGCACUCUUGUUCAAGUACACUUUUCAUCAGCCUACCCAUGAAGGUUACUUCUCCUGCUUAGACAUAUGGACUCUCUUCUUGGAUUAUUUGACCAGUAAAAUAAAGAGUCGCCUGGCAGAUAAAGAAGCAGUACUCAAUAGGUACGAAGAUGCCCUGGUUCUACUGCUGACGGAGGUGUUGAAACGAAUACAGUUCAGGUACAACCAGGCCCAAUUGGAAGAACUGGAUGACGAGACGCUGGAUGAUGAUCAACAGACAGAAUGGCAGCGGUAUUUACGCCAGAGUUUGGAAGUUGUGGCCAAAGUUAUGGAGCUCCUGCCAACGCACGCCUUCUCCACCCUGUUCCCAGUUCUCCAGGAAAAUUUGGAUGUAUACUUGGGACUCCAACAGUUCAUAGUCACUUCUGGCACUGGUCACCGCCUGAACAUCACUGCCGAGAACGACUGUCGCCGUUUGCACUGCUCCUUGCGAGAUCUCAGCUCCUUGCUCCAGGCUGUGGGACGACUGGCUGAGUACUUCACCGGGGACAUGUUCGCAGCCAGGUUCAGGGAUGCCCACACCGUGGUAGAGAGGCUGGUCAAGGUAACGCUGUAUGGGUCCCAGAUUAAACUCUACAACAUUGAAACUGCUGUGCCAUCUGUGCUGAAACCCGACCUCAUUGAUGUGCAUGCACAAUCCCUUGCCGCCCUGCAGGCUUACUGCCACUGGCUAGCGCAGUUCUACGGGGAGGUUCAUCGGCAGAAUCCGACGCAGUUCGUCUCGCUCGUCUCCACUGCCCUGGAAGCGAUUACUCCGCUAAUCAGUUCUAAGGUACAGGAGAAGUUACUGCUGUCCGCCUGCCACCUCCUUGUCUCCUUAGCCACCAGCGUACGGCCUGUGUUCCUGAUUAGCAUCCCGGCUGUGCAGAAAAUGUUCAACAGGAUCACGGAUACUUCUGCUCAGCGCCUCCCUGAUAAGGCUCAGAUACUCGUGUGCAGAGCGCUCUCAAAUAUCCUGCUUUUACCGUGGCCAAAUCUCCCCGAGAGUGAACAGCAGUGGGCCAUUCGCUCAACUAACCAUGCCAGCCUAAUAUCCGCCCUCGCCAGGGAUUACCGCAGCCUGAAAUCCAGUGCCAUCUUGCCCCAGAGGAAAAUACAGCAGGAUGAUACUAAAGUCGUCAUCCAUCAGACCCUGAGCGUCUUGGAAGACAUCGUGGAGAGCGUCUCUGGGGAAGCCACCAAAUCCCGCCAGAUCUGUUACCAGUCGCUGCAGGAGUCCGUGCAGGUCUCGCUAGCCCUCUUCCCAGCUUUCAUUCAUCAGUCAGAUGUGACAGACGAAAUGCUGAGCUUCUUCCUCACCCUGUUUCAAGGGCUGAGGGUGCAGAUGGGCGUGCCUUUCACCGAGCAGGUCAUACAGACGUUCCUCAACAUGUUCACCAGAGAGCAGCUGGCCGAGAGCAUCCUCCACGACGGGAGCACCGGAUGCCGAGUGGUGGAGAAGUUCCUCAAGAUCCUUCAGGUGGUGGUGCAAGAGCCGGGCCAAGUGUUCAAGCCUUUCUUGCCCAACAUCAUCUCUCUCUGCAUGGAGCAAGUCUACCCCAUCGUUGCCGAGCGAUCCUCUCCUGAUGUGAAAGCAGAACUGUUUGAGCUGCUCUUCCGGGUCCUUCACCACAACUGGCGGUACUUCUUCAAGUCCAGCAUCCUGGCCAGCGUCCAGAGAGGAGUCGCGGAUGAGCAGAUGGAGAACGAAGCCCAGUUCAGUGCCAUCAUGCAGGCCUUUGGCCAGUCUUUCCUGCAACCGGACAUUCACCUGUUUAAGCAGAACCUGUUCUAUUUGGAGACUCUGAACACAAAGCAGAAGCUGUAUCACAAGAAGAUCUUCCGGACGGCCAUGCUCUUUCAGUUUGUGAACGUGCUGCUUCAGGUCCUGGUCCAUAAAUCGCACGACCUCCUCCAAGAGGAAAUUGGCAUUGCCAUCUACAACAUGGCCUCUGUGGACUUUGACAGCUUCUACUCAGCCUUUCUCCCGGGGUUCUUAGCCAGCUGUGACGGCGUGGACACCAACCAGAAAAGCGUCCUCGGAAGGAACUUCAAAAUGGACAGGGACCUGCCAUCGUUUACGCAGAAUGUGCACAGGCUGGUCAAUGACCUGCGCUACUACAGACUCUGCAACGACAGCCUCCCCCCUGGGACUGUGAAGCUAUAGUCCCUGGCCCUGGACGUGGGUCCGGACCCCUGUCAAGAACAGGCCUGCACACCUUGUCUUGCCACUGCCUCUGCUCCUCCGAUCCCGCCAGGCCUGCAGGAGGCAGCGUCUGGGCCAUGCAUGGGAGCCGCGCGCCCCUCUUCCUUCCCUCCCAGCUCAUCCCUGUGGCUGAGUCGGCAGCUCUGUUCCCUGCAGGGUGUCUUAAGAGCCAGCUGCAGGCUGUUCCCCUCGCCGGGUGUUCCUUGUCUUAAUACCGUGGCGUUCAGCUGCGUCUGCAGGUUUCGGUGGCUGGUCUUGUGCGUCAAUCAUGAGGCAGAAACGCCAAAGACUACUUCAGAUGUUCCCACCUUCACAUCAUUCCACCUGUCUUCCCUCCCUCCUUCCUACCUUACCUUGCCGUUGUGGGGACCGCCUCCCCCUCCGACCCCUCCUUUUUUGUUUUUAAAUUGCCUUGACGCCUCCCUGCCGUUGGCGAGGUUUGCGAGAGAAAGAGAGAGAGAGACCGACAGACUGACUUCUGUUAUUUUUUGUUCCUGUUUUUUUUUUAAGGAAACAUUUUUCUCAUCAUUCCAUUGUGAUACUAAAAUGUGCUUAAUGGAAAUAAAAAGUGCUCACUUUGUUGUUUUAAA